CUUUCCUGUGCCUCCACCCAGCUGAGCUCCAAGAUGGCAGCUGCGCAAGGGUGAUGAGCAACGACUCUUGAGAGUUCGGUCAUGAAACAGCAUUGGAGUAUGUCGAUCUUUCGGUCUUUGUGGUGAUACGACCAAAAUAUAAUUCCGAGUAAAUUCCGUCACAAUCAGCAAGACUAUUAAGGGAUUGUGAAACAAAAUGCUUUUCUAAGGGCUAAGCUAGCAAGCAGCAGUCAGCAAGUAAAUGAACUUGUCUCGUCAGCAACACAAAAGGAAACAUCAGCUUUGCAUACGGUAUAUUUCGUCAUGGCCGUCACUCAAUUCCGUCUGUUUAAGAUCUGCACAUGCUUGGCCAGUUUGCUCUCUUUCUUUAAGAGAUUGAUAUGCAGGAGUGGAAGGGGCCGAAAGCUCAGUGGGGAUCAAAUAACUCUCCCAACCACAGUGGAUUUCUCAUCGUCCAUACCAAAACAGCCAGAUGUUGAAGAAUGGAGUUCCUGGGAUGAAGAAGCUCCAACAAGUAUUAAGAUUGAAGGUGGAAAUGGAAAUGUUCCCCCUCAACCCACUGAGACUGAGGAGCCUGACUACUUCAAAGACAUGACGCCAACAAUCAGGAAAACACAGAAGAUAGUGCUAAAGAAAAGGGAGCCUUUGAACUACCUGGUGCCUGAUGGCUCGGCAGGUUUCUCCAGCAGACUGGCAGCCUCUCAGGAUGUGAUGACCUUCUGUCCACCUUCAGCAGAGCUUGGUGAAAUGGACAAUUGGCAGGGCGACACCAACGCUUGGGAGGAUGAGUCUGACGCCACUUGGGAAGCAGAAGAGGUGCUCAGACAACAGAAACUGGCUGACAGAGAAAAGCGGUCUAUGGAGCAGCAGAGGAAGAAGAUGGAGAAAGAGGCUCAGAGGAUGAUGAAGAAAGAGCAAAAGAUGGCUGUUAAGCUUUCGUAACGUUUUGGUAAUGCUCAGUUUUGAGCCAGAGGAUCUCAAGGGAAAGACACUGAAUCAGUCGUGAGUUUAUCUUUAAAAUCAGCAACCCAUCCAAAGUUCUCAUGCUGCAUUGCUACAUUUUCAGGAACCCGUCGUCAUCCUGCAGCCAUUUCUGUCCGUUUUCGAGCAGCAGCUGUGAAUCAUUCUUGGGUUCCCUCACAAACACCAUCCCCACCCGCCAUGUAUCGAAGUCAUUUGUUCAUUCGGAAUUUGAAUCUCUAUAUGCCCCCGCUAUAAUAGGUGUAUGUGCUCGUUUGCACAGGUCCUUUUCAAGGUGUGUAAAUAAACUCAGAUCUGUACUGUACAACCUUUUCAUAGAGCAUAAGGUGUACACUUGAUUUUCUUUGUCUUGUUUUUAACCACAAAAGACAAAGAGGUGUAAUUAUUUUUAAGAAUCACUGUUUAUCAGUGACAUUGGUCUGCUUGAUAAUUAUUUUUGUAUUUAUGUUUCUCCUCCAGCAAUGACUUGCACUGUUCCUCUGUAAAAUUAGUAAUUAAAGAUAAUAGCAUACUCUAUCCUGUAAUUUUAAGCUAUGGGUUCCUAUGGUAACAUCAUGGCUACUCACAUGAGCUUCAGACUGUAAUGGAAAAAUAUGUGGUCACUCUAUUUUUUUUUUAUAUAUAUAUAUAAAUUGGUCUUGGAUAACUGCAAAUACGAAUUCCAAUAAAGUUGUGACGCAUAAAACAUAGAUUAAAAACGACAAUGAUUCGCAAACCAAUUUCAACCUAUAUUCAAUUGAUUACGGGGAAAUAUUAUCUCACUUUGAAUUUUAUGCCUGCAACAUGUUCCUAAAAAGUCGGGACAGGGCCAUGUUUUCAAAUGUGUUGCAUCACCUUUCCUUUUAGCAACACUCACUAAGCGUUUUGGGAAGGGAAGACAGUCCGUAAUUGUUGAACCUUCGGAGGUGGAAUUCUCUCCCGUUCUUGCUUACAGGACCAGAUUGUUACCAGCGCAAAGUUCAAAAGCCUGCAUCUGUGAUGGGAUGAGCGUGUGUUUGGUGCCCACGGCACAGGUAAUUCGCACAUUGUGUGAAGACAAUAGGAACAUGUUUACCAAUGUGCUUUUACCUUUGCUUUUAACCACACUCAAUCAGCAUAAAUUAGAUUUGCUCCAGUUCCCAAAUGUUUGAGCAGAGAUACAACACAUUUUGGAAAAUGUUGCAGGCGUGAUUUUAAAAAUGAGUGAAUAUUUGACCCGCGUAACCCUCACCACUAAAAAAAAAGUUUUAUCAGUUUCAACAUUAAAUAUCUUGUCUUUGCAGUGUAUUCGAUUCAAUAGAAAUUGAAAAGGCUUUGCAAGUCAUUGUAUUCUGUUUUUAUUCACGUUUUAGACAGCCCAAAUGCAUUGGAAUUGGGCUUUGUUGGUGAUGAGGUAAGAGAUCUUUUUCCCGAGCUGUAUCACUUAUUGUCGUUCCCCUUUGCCUUUCGAGUUUCACUGGCAGCCUUUGUGAGAUGGAUGUGAAAUCAGGGAUCGCCUAAGCACACCAGUAAUUGUUAUACUGCUUUCGUGAUAACAUUGAUCAGGCUUCAACAAAGAAAGCAAGUGUUUAGCGAAUUUAGCAGCUUUUGAGAAUCGAGCAAUAAGAGCCCCGCCUGAACAGUUUGCAUGGUACUUUGGUGUGUCAGUUCCGAAACGAAACGGAGUUGUGGUUUAUGUAUUUUUGUUACAUAAUACAUUUUUUGUUUUGACCAUUAAAAAAAAAAAAACUACAACAAAAACAGGACUGUCACGAAAGUCGCCAUCCUCAAGUAUGCCUUCACAGCUUUUUGAAUAAACUCCUAUGAUUCAGGUGAAUAACAUGCUUUCUGAAUAAACUGGGUUGUAAAGAA